CAUUCUGUACCUGGUGAUUGCGAGCCUUGGCUUGGCUGGUGCUCAUUACAGCAACGUGAGCAUGAUGACGCUGUACAUCUUGAUCCAGACUACAGUGACAAUCAUAUCAGUCCUCGAUUCUAUUCGUCCUUUCCUCCUCUUCUGCAUCCUGCUCAUCCUUCUCGCCAUCCACAUCAGAUUCCAUAUGCUAUCUAUGGAACUUGCUGAACGCCGUUUGCUUGCAAGGCUUGUCAGCCGACCUGCUCCCCCUCCUCGCACCGAUACAUGGCCUUACCGUCUGCAAAUGUUUCCUGGAAGCUUCUCGGAUAUGCUCAGGCACACACCAGUGUCGAGAUUCAGAGCGAGCGGUGACCCGUGGUACCAGGAGAUUGUAGUGCGGUACAGAGCAAGGAGAGCGGAGGAGGAGAGGGACGGGUUGCGAGAGAGCAAUGAGAGGGGGCGUGGGGGCGAGGAGGAGGGAGGUGGAGUGGCAGCAGUGGGUGUGGGAAGGGAAGAGGGUCGAGAGCAACAGGGGCAGCGGAGGGAGCAGGGGAGAUCACAGCACAGAAGGCAGCAACACAUGUUGGGCCUGUGGGGGAGUGGGUGGGGGGGAGGGGGAGAGGGAGAGAGAGGGCGUGAGGAGGGGAGGGGGCAGGAGAGGGGGAGAAGAAGGCACGGGCACAGGAGGCAGCGCAGGAGGGAUGGACCAAAUAUGGAGAUGAGUGUUCUCGAGGUUACUUUGCAUGCACUAAGUGAGCAGGUGCAACCCGUAACAUACCCCUCUCCGGCAGGAGCAACCCAUAGCCUGCCCACAAUGCACCCCUACCCAGCACCGUUCACUCCGGUCGCAGCUGAUCCUGUGCCAGUGUACUCGAACCUAUCCCCCUCUCCUGUGCCCUCCCCUCCGGCUUUACAUAGCUCUACUCUAUUUCCCGACUCUUAUCGUUCACCUGACCCGCUGCUAGGACACAACCAUGUAUGA